GCAGUCGCGAGGCAGCCGUGCGCGGGUGGGGGCACUGAGGGCACUGGUGUGUGUUGGUGCGCGGGCUUGCGAUGGCGCUCACGGGAAGCAAUGGAAAGCCGUCAUUUAUCAGCAAAAUUCAGGGUGUCUUGGUUGACAAGAUGGGACCUAGGCUUGUGAUCAACAAGCGGACUAUUGACAAAACCUACUCAUUGAUGGACAAGGUGGUGAAGCUUUGCCAGCAUCGGAAGAUGAAUCUGAAGAAUUCGCCUCCAUUCCUCUUGGACAUUCUUCCAGACACCUACACACACCUCAAAGGAAUCUGCAGCAGAUAUAAUGACCUGGAAGUGCUGAACAGCAAUGAAUACUUCUGUGUGUUCAUUGAAAACCUCAUGAAGAAGUGCAAACAGGCAGAAAAGCAGUUCCACGAUGGAAAGGAGCAAAUGUAUGAUGAGAACUCAGCGUGUAGGAGGGAGCUCACAAAGCUGUCUCUUGUGUUCUCACAUAUGCUGUUAGAGCUGAGGGCAAUUUUUCCAGAUUACAAGUUUUCGGGAGAUCAGUACAGGAUCACAAAGAGUGAUGCCGCAGAAUUCUGGAGAACUUCAUUUGGGGACAGGACUCUGGUGCCAUGGCAGACGUUCCGCGAGCGACUGGCAGAGGUGCAUCCCAUCCACCCGGGUCUCGAGACCAAGGCACUGAAGACCACCAUCGACCUCACUGGAAACGAAUACAUCUCCAACUUCGAGUUCGACGUGUUUACGCGACUGUUCCAGCCGUGGUCGGCGCUGCUGAAGAACUGGAAGGUGCUGGCCGUCACCCACCCGGGCUACGUGGCCUUUCUCACCUACGACGAGGUCAAGUCGCGCCUGGCGCAGCACCAGAACAAGCCGGGAAGUUACGUGUUCCGUCUGAGCUGCACCCGACUGGGUCAGUGGGCCAUCGGCUACGUCACCACCGAUGGCAGUAUCCUGCAGACGAUCCCGCAGAACAAGAGCCUGUGCCAGGCGCUGCUGGAAGGACACCGGGAAGGAUUCUACCUCUACCCCAACGGGAGGGACGACAACCCGGACCUAUCGCUGGCAGUCCAGGCGGCCACUGAGGACCACAUCAGGGUGACGCGAGAGCAAUACGAGCUGUACUGUGAGAUGGGCAGCACGUUCCAGCUCUGUAAGAUCUGCGCCGAGAACGACAAGGACAUCAAGAUCGAGCCGUGCGGUCACCUGCUCUGCACGCCCUGUCUCCAGUCAUGGCAGGACUCUGACGGCCAGAGCUGCCCGUUCUGCCGUGCCGAGAUCCGCGGUACCGAACAGAUUGUCGUAGACGCCUUCGAGCCGGGCCGGGCGCGGCCGCGGGUCCGCAGCGUCCAGCGUGACCCCCAGCCGCCGCCGCCGCCGCGACCGCCUCCCCCGUCCGCCGCCAGUCCGGCCGAGAGUGAGGACGAGUCGCCUCCCGCGCCGGGCCGGCCCCGGCCGCCGGAGGGACGCCCCGUGGUACGGGCCGAUACUGACCUGCUGCGGGCGCCGCCGCUGCCGCCGCGGCCCGGUCACGGCCUCGUCAGGUCACGGAGUUCGCACCAGCUGUGUUCGGGCGGCCAGGAGUCGUGUAGGACGGAGCAGCGCGACCCGACUGACGUGGUGCUCACACGGCUACAUCCCGGUGGUCGGUCGGAGCAUGAGCGGGCGUUCGGCUCCACCUCGUCGCUGGUGGCCUCCUCUGGUGACCCGUGCCUGCCGCCGCGAGCGCCGGGGCGGCCCAACCCUCCGUUCCGACUCACUCCCGAGCCUAGCCCGCCGCCGCGGCCGGGUCGGGAGCCCAGUCCUCGGCCCAGUCCGUGGGCCACGCCGGAGCCCAGCCCGCCGCCGCUGCCGCCGCCCAUAGCCGCCCCCGCCCCCGCCGAGACGGCCGCGGCUGAGGUGCGGGAGCCGCCGGCGGGCGCGGUGGUCCUGAAGACGCCGAUCCCCGCGCCCCGAGCCUGCCACACGGCGGCGACUGAGCCGGCCCCGGCCUCGUCAACCGCCGCUCAUCGGCACUCCUGUCCUCUGGCGCCGCCGCCGCCGCCCCCUCCACCCCCUCCGCCCCCGCCCCCGCCUCCGCCGCCUCCACCGCCGCCACCGCCCCAGACGCUGGCGCCGCUGCCAGUACCGCAGCCAGACCUGCCGCGGCCGCCGUCCCCGCCCGAGCUGUGGCUGCCUGCACACGACUACCAGAACGCCAAUCUCGGCACGCCGCUGCCACCGCGCGUGUGUGCAGUGGCGGCGCAGCAGCAGACAGGGAGGAAAAGGACACCCCCGCCGGCGGCCCCCUCGCCCGUCCCCUCCUCCGCGCCAGCGCCCGUGCUUCCGAGUCCCGGUAAGGAGACGGACGUGAGCAUAUCGUACGAGAACCUACGCCUGGAUCACCUGGCCCAGCUAUCGGCAGAGGGAUACUCGCAGCGGGCUGUUCUGCGUGCGCUCACCAUCUCACAAAACGAUAUCCAGAUCGCGAGAAACAUACUCAACGAGUACGUGAACAGGGCGUGGUAGUGAGCGUCGCCGCCGGACCGCUGGUCCGGUGGUCUGCUGGUCAGUGUUGGUCCGGUCCGGUCCGAUGGUCUUCUAGGUGUUACCAGCCAGUCGGCUGGUCGGUGGACUGGGGGCUGGUGACUGUCAGUGAGGGUUGGUUCGCUCGGAAGGCCGCGGCCGGUCACGCUGAUAUUAUUGAGAGCUGUUUCGAGACCUGUGAGCGCGCUGUGUGAGUUGUUCGGGUCAGGAGUAGGCUGUUGGCAGAGGAGGAGCGCUAUUUUUGCCGAGCUGUCUGUGAGAAAUGCCGUAGGAAGGACGUGCUCCGUUGAUGUGCCAUAUCUGUGUGGCACCGUGCCGCGCCGCUCGUUUUCCAUGUGAUUACUGUGUGUCAUAUCUCCUGGUUGGUGCGCGCCGGGUGGACUAUCGGCACUGUGUCGCGGUAUUCAGUCGCCGGCGACGCUCCCAGUGAGGAGCGAGGCUGUGCGUGACCGAACGCCCGCCGCACUCCCUGGGCCAUCACUGCGGCCAAACCGACUUUGUUAUUGUUAUCUGUUAUGGGAUUGGUGGAUAGAGUGUUAUGUGCGGCCAGAGGUGCGCGGUCGUGUGUCAGUUAUGUUUGUCAGAGUGACACGGACCUUGUGUCAGUGACACGGACCUUGUGUCAGUGACACGGGGCGUGUGUCAGUGAGUCUUGUGUCGGCGAUGUGCUCGAUCUGACACGAUCUGCAUCAGAUUAGUGUCGUGAUGACGCGUGUCAGGGCAAUCCCGUGUGUUCACGGUCAGAUAUCGGAUGACCCCUCCGGAUCCCUGGGUGAAUGACCUGACCUGACUUGACCCGGUGUGCCCGGGGCGACUUUCAGUGAAGAGUAGCGGGUUCAUCCGGUCCGUUGUGUCCCUUCCCUGCUGUACGGAGACUGCCGUGUCGUUCAAAUAGUGCAGGACGUAUGCUACACUCUUGUGCUCGAAGUGACUCGCGUGAUUAUUGUUUCGGUCGACCUGACACAUCUUCCGUCGUCACAUGUUACUUGUUCAAGCCGUCGACCUGUAUGAAUCGUACUCGGGUGAUUGUUUCGAUGUCAUCAGCUUCAGGCGGAGCCGUUCUGUCAAAGGAGGAUUGUAAUUAUGUUGCGGCCCAUCCCCAUCUCCUGUGGUUGUGGGUAUCGUUAGCUGGCUCUCGAUCUGCCCUGCGCGGGCCUCUCGGAUCCCUGCGCUGCCGACUGUCGCGGUACUGACCAAACUCAGGUGGCUGGCUCCGUCUAGCGUCCAUCAGCGGCGGGAUGUUCGACUGACCCUCGACUGAAAUUGCUCCGGCCCACACUGUUCAUCAAAAUAUGGUCUGUUCAGUGUUCCACUCUUUUCUUCCCUCCCGUUCUUUCCUCUGCUCUCCUUUUUAGUUCUUUCCUCCCCUCUACUAUCUUUUCUGAUCUUCUCUGUUCUACUUCAUAUCCUGCGUCUUUCCUCUCCUCUUUAAUAUCCUCUGCCAUUUCCUGUCCUCACCUCCCGUCUCUUACUCACUUGUCUUCUCCCCCUUCCUCCAUUCUCCUUUCUUCCCUUUUCUUUUCCUGGGCCGCCAGCACUGCCCGCCAAUGCUUCCAUGUGUUCAGGUGCAGGUUGGUGACGGUAGGCUCCUCUCUGAGUUGUGCAGAGCGCGCUGAGGUGACUAUACGUUCAAUGACUCGCGCCGACUCCUGUUGGACUCCUGGAUAGCUGCAGAGAGAGUGAGAGAAAUGUCCAGGACCACUCGUGAUACGCAGAGAUAUGGGGAGAGCUGUCUAGACGUAUGUACUAGUCCCGGCGCGACCGCGUCAGAGCUUAUCGAGACCGUUGCAGUGGCGGUGGAUAUUUUGUCUCAGAUGGAUGUUACCUCGCCGUUCAUGUAUAAUACAUACAUUUAAUCUUG